AUGGAUGGCGACAGCUUGCGAGACGAGAUCUUCCCACCAUCACAGAUCGCAACCCAGUAUACGGAUUAUGUCAACAAGCCUCUUAUUCUUCUCCCCUCACCACUGACUGAUGUCGAUCCGGCAUGGAAGACCUGUGCGAUGGGUGAUACCAAUCUUGGGGUCUACGAUCCUCCACGGGCAAUCGUUCCUACUUCCGCAAUGGUGGCUACGGCCGCAAUGACGGAUGCGGCAGAACCUUCGAAACCAAUGCAGCUCGUUCCGCAGCCUGCCUCUGUGAUUUCUGAUGCGGCACCGACGCAGACAAGCAUAGUGGCGGCAUUGUCUAAUGGUGACAACAUUGUUGGUAUUUCUGGUUCAAAAUCUGGUGGACAGAAGCCAGAUCCCCAGCAAGGCUCAAAUGCGCAAGACCAACAAUCGAAUACCUCUGGAGAGUUUGACACCUUGCCGAACAAGAACCAAAACGAGCCUGAUGACGUGGACAAUCGCUCGAACAAUAACCCGGACACUCCUUCAGCCACGAAUAGUCAAAUAAGUGACCAAAGUGCUGGGAACGGCAAACCAUCAAGCAGCAAAGGGACAGAAACCGAGGUCUCUUCGCAAAGUAAUGGGGCUGGAUCUACUGAUACCAACGAUAAGUCUCAUUCAGAUCCGCAGAAAGAGCUCGGCUCAAACAACCAGGACUACUCAGUGGCCGACCAUAUUGCAUUCGGUAUUUCUGGCAUGUACCCCAGUCCUAAAAGUGAUCAACCUGCCAAUGACCAGCCUACGCCAAACAAAAACGAAGAGUCUUCAGCAGAUAAAGGUGAAGCUCCCUCGCUGAACAAGAACAAUCAUCCAAGCGAUGUGCCAGCCAAAGCCCAAGCCCAAGGACACGCUAUCCCCUCUAUCAUCGUUGGAGGCCACACGGUCCAACCUGCAGCUAGCCAAGGCCUCGCAGUAGACGGCGUCCAUCUCAACCCCGCGACCCCAGUCACGACAGCAAGUAACGUACAAAUAUCCGUCGGUGCCGCUGGCGUCGUUCUCGGCGGCAACACCAUUGCCGUCCCAUCCCAUGAUUCCACAGUCGCAGCACCUAACAUUGCCAUCGGCACCCACCACAUCAAUAUCAUUCCUAACGCUGCCGCAGGCCAUCAGCUAGUCAUAGACAGCUCCACACUCCCCGCCGGCGCCAGUCAAGCUACAGUAGGCAACCAUAUCGUCUCCCUCGUCAACGGCGCACAGCUUUCCGUCCUGCCAACAACACUGCCCUACAUCCCCCUCGCCAACACCAACUCCCCAUCAACAACCUCACCCAUCGUAUUCCCCGCAGUCGGCCUUAUAACGCCUCAAGCACUCCCCAACAGCGCCAUCUCCCUCGCCGGCACGACCCUCUCAGCCGGCGGUCCCGCAGCCACCGCAUCAGGCACGCCCAUCUCAGUCCUCCCCUCCAACGCCGGGCUAGUCAUCGGCUCGCAGACCGUGCACCCGCAACCCAUCCCCACACCUCCACCACAACUCGGUCUCGUCCUGAACGGCACGACUUUGACGCCUCUAUCUGGCUCUAAGGUCGUGGUGGCGGGGUCGACGCUUUCGCAGAAUGGUCAGACGGUCGCUCUGGGUAAUGGGGAGAUUUGUACGCUGCGGAACGGCAGUGUUGGUGUUGGGGAUGAGACGUAUCCGCUGCCAGUGGUGGUGGCUACUGCUUCUACUCCUGCGUCGUCUGUGGAGUCGAAGAUCCAGAGUCUUGCGAACGGGGAUGUUGUGUACCAGGGCAAGACGCUGGAGAAAGGUGGACCGGCGGUCACGCUGGCUGGUGGGGAGGUUGUGUCUUUGGAAGGCAGCGGCAAGUCGGUCAGUGUGUCGUCUACUUCGGUGGCGUCUAGUUCAGCUGCGACUUCGCCGGCGAGUGGAACAACGGCGGCGCCAACGACGAAUGCGAGCACUUCUUCAACUUCGCAGAAGUCAGCUGCUACGACGUCUGAUACGGGUGUCUUGGGUAUGGGUGCUGUGCAUGAUUCUGGUAGCGGCAGCGGCAGAUCACUGAUUGUGGAGUUGGAGCUUUUGAUGAUUAUGAUUGGGGCUGCGGUUUGGAGCUUGGUAUGA